GGAGUAGUACGAUUCACGACUCGGAGCCAGUUGGUCGCGUCACAGUUCAGAACGUAACGUUCCCGCGCUUAUGCAGCGGGCGCUAGAAGUUUUGGCGUUGAAUUUUAAACAGAUUGGAAUGACUUUUGGAAUUAAGAAUGCUAGUGAAAUAUAUUUUUAUUAAUGGUUUGACCAAUAUGUAAUAUAUAUGUGAGAAUUGUGUAAUUUUGUGGCAGUAUGGUGGAUGUUGGUGGUAAUGAAUGUGAUAACACCGUAACUGGGAGGAACCAAUUUGUUUAUUUAGUUUUUGUGCAUUUAUUACUUAUUGGACUGAAUGGAACGAAUGCACAAAAUCGAGCGCCUCGAAUCAAAGAACAUCCAUCGAACACGGUAUCUGGUAGAAGUGAACCCGCCACAUUGAGAUGUGUGGUGGAAGGUCGACCCAAACCAACAGUUCAAUGGUUUAAAGAUGGGUUUCCGUUACCACCAGCGGAAGAUGGACAUAGAGUUCUUCUGGAAGACGGAUUGCUCUUUUUAAGGGUAAACCGAGGGAAAAAAGAAAGUGAUGAGGGGGUUUACUGGUGUGUGGCUCGUAAUAUAGCAGGGGAAGCUGCAAGUCAGAAUGCUUCAUUAAAUGUUGCAGUUCUACGCGAUGACUUUAGAGUUGAACCAAGAGACGUUCAGGUAGCUGCAGGAGAACCAGCUUUAUUAGAAUGUAUUCCACCGCGUGGCGUUCCAGAACCUUCAGUUCACUGGCUGAAAGACGGGCAGUUAUAUGACAUCGAGGUUAAUGGAAGAGUAAAAAUAACAGAAACGGGAAGUUUAAAAAUUCUUGAAACGUUACCAAACGACAGUGGUCUAUUUAGAUGUGUGGCUUCCAAUAUAGCAGGGGAGAGACAAUCGAGGGCAGCGGCACUUAUUGUUCUGAGACGACCGCAUUUUGUGGUGAAACCCAGUAACGUUACUGCUUUAGUUGGACAAAACGUUGAAUUCAAUUGUCAGGCUUAUGAUAAUAGCGUAAAAGUAACCUGGGUUAAGGAAGAUGGUGUAUUGCCAUCGCACGCAACUAUAAUCCGGGGGCUGCUCCGCCUGGAGCAGGUAUCAGCGAGCGAUGCGGGUAUUUACUCCUGUCGGGCAGAGAGUCACACAGGGUCGAGUGUCACUACUGCUUCUUUAACUGUUUACUCCUUACCGCACUUCACACAGAUACCGUCCAAUUUGACCGCAUGGGAGGGAGAUGUCGUGUCCAUUCCAUGUGAAGCAAAAGGAUUGCCAACACCUACAACAUUCUGGAUUUUGGAAGGAAAUGAGGAUUCUCUUUUGUUUCCGGAAUGUACUAAAAGUAAUUCUAGUUUAUUGUAUCUGGACGGAGCGAAAGUAGAACACAGUGGAAGGGUUAUCUGUGUUGCUUUAAACGCGGCUGGCAGUGUUAUGCAAGAAGCUUAUCUAAAUGUGUUAAAGAAAACCAAUAGUCCAUCGAAAGUACAUUCUACUGAUAAAAAGUUUGGUCAUAAUCGUGAUCACGACGUCCGUAUGACGGAGUACGAAUUUAUUCAAGCAAGGAAGUAUUUACAACAAAAUGUUUUAGUCUUGAAGAGAGUAGAAACUUUGUCUUCGACGUCUGUUAAAGUUGUCUGGGACGUUGUGACUGAUUACAAUGAGUAUUUAGAAGGUGUUAAAAUCUGGUAUAAUGGUACUUCAUUGAAUUGGCGCAAUAGAACCGAAGAACCUGUCUUAUUGAGCCCUCAUCAUAGGGAUAGUUGUUCUAAUGGUUCUCUGAUAGACGUAGAUAAUAGUGGUUCGUCAAGUUAUAUUCUAUCAGGCUUAUUGCCAUACACACAAUACGAUAUUUUUCUAAUGCCAUAUUACAAAAUGUUGCUUGGAAAGCCAUCAAAUUCAAUGACUGGUUAUACUGAUGAGGAUGUGCCGUCAGCCCCACCCCUAAGUGUAACAGCGGGUGUAAUUAACGCAACUUCUGCUUGGAUUCGAUGGGAACCACCGCCUGUGCACACUUGGAAUGGAGAACUGACGGGUUAUUUAAUUGAGAUCCGGUCUGGUGGUACGGGUGGUCGCGUCGUGGGUCAGAUGUCUUUAGGGCCUCGUACACGCGCGGCCGCCGCAAGUUCGUUGAGAGCUGGACAGUACAGCGCCCGUGCUGCUGCCACUACACGUAAAGGACACGGAACUUACAGUGCGGCUGUCAUAAUAGACAUGAUGUACAUGCAUUCUCAAAGACAUUAUGUCCAAACUGAGCCGCCGAAUGACGCUACUAUUCCACAUUUGCUCCAAGAAACUUGGUUGCUUGCAUUAGCAUUAACAUUAUUCUCCGUCAUUGUAAUUGGCAUAGUUAGUAUUUAUUACAUAAAACGUCGGAAUAAUAUUCAAAGAAAGAAAUCAAAUGGUCAAUCUAUAGUGACAGCACAACAAUGUCUGCUGAAUAAAGACACGAUAUGGCUGAGAGAUAGACCGAUAUUUGCACCUCCAGAUUCUACUUUAGAUGUAGGUAGUUGUCAUCAAAGUUUAUUGCAAGGUGGUCAAUCCCCUAAUAUUUUAAAUAUUGAGCCAGAGUAUUGCCUACCACAGAAUUCAAUUCAAGGUUUAGAUGCUUCGAGUGUUGAUAGAAUAAAACGCGGGCCACCUGAGCCGUAUGCAUCCAGCGCUAUUUACACUGAACUCAAUUUCAAGGACAACACAGACAUCGGAGAUGCCAGAAGUUGUACCGAAAGACGUUCUCAUAACAACAGUAUUGUGCGAUCUUGCAAUGGCAGCAUCCAAUAUUCUAAUGGAGAAUGUUCGACUUGUUGCCAUAGCACUUCUAGUAGAUCAACCAAGGAUUACAGGGAGUUAAGACACGAGAAUCCAAACGAGCUAGUAGUUGAAGACGAUAAUGCGUCAUAUCAUACUAAUAGAUCGGGUUCUAAGAGUCAGGACAAAGCCAAAGUUUGUCCAACAACUGAUUUAGAAUACGAUUACCCACAGUGGCACUGGCUAGGAAGAGAGAACAGUUUCAAAAUUCCCAUACAACAGCUCCGUUCGGAGCGCGCCUGUCAAAUAAAUCUGAAUGAUAUACUGCCGCCGCCGUACGAGAGUCCAGAAAACAAAAGCCAGAUAAAAUAGCAUCAUUAGUUUUAUGGUAGUGACGUAAAAUGAAACGAGAAGCAAUAACCGAUAUCGUUUUUGUAAUGUUAAAAUAAGUCUGUGUAUUGAAACAAUUCUAGAUGUGUACGUGUCUAUUUAUAUUAGCGAAUUAGUGUUCAAAGUCUAUUAGUAAUCUGCAGUCUUAUGAACCUAAAGGGUAAACUUCUAUUAUGUAAAUUUAAAAGACAUGUAUUCAACCCAAUGGUAGCUAUAACUUUAGCUUUAUAAGUGUGCUAAAAGAAGUAAAAUAAAAUUGAUCUCAAAAUUAUCAAUACAAUUACAUACCAACAAUUUGUGAAUGAAAACUACCGUAUAGUAUUGCAUAAGUGCCAACUAAAAUGGCUUAGGCUACACUAAACACACUUUAGAGGACGUAAAGACUAGUAAUAACAAUUAUAGCGUUAUAACCGUAAGAGAAACUGUAGUUGAAUUGAAAUAGAACUUGUACUUUGUAGCUACCAUGUAUUAAAUGUGUAUCGUAACUUAUUCCUAAUUCUAGUCACAGUGUUUAGACUAGCUUCACCUUUUGAUAAAGUAUAUGCGAUAGAUUCUCUUAAUAUAUCGUUUAGUGAGACCGUUGGAUACAAGGUUCAUUUUACACUGCCAUUACAUGUAGUCUUAAUGCUUUAGUUGUAUAAUCUUUGACUGUGAUAUUUAUAUUAAAUUCAUGUAUUAGAAAUAUUGUAUAAUUGUACUUUUAAUAGCAUUAAUUCCACAUCUUAACACUAUCCGUAUUAAUAUUGUUUAUCCCAUUUAAUAUAAUGAUUUCAUUUUGCAAUCCAAAUAUUUUCAGAGCCAGUUGUGUUAUAUAAAAUUUUCAAAAUAUAGGACUUUUAUAAUUAUAAA